UCACUAACGAGCAGAAAGAAACGAACUACCAACGCAAAGGUGACAGGUGUUACGUAGGCAGCGUCUUCUCCUGCCUCUUUGCUUACUCUCUACUGAACCAGUAGUAAUAUCACAUCUCCUCCACUUUCAUAAUAAACCAUUAACCACCACGACCACCGCCACCGCCACCAGCGCACCUUAGCACUCUCUCUUUCUGCAGAAAUCUUAUUCUUCCUGAAAAGCCGUUUCCAAAUCCUCGGUUCAGAUUUCCGUAUCCUCAGCUCCAGAAGCUGACACUAAUCAUUUCUUUAUCAACAGAAGAAACAAAAAAAUAUCAAAUCUCAAUAUAUAUGCGCAUUUUAGCAACUAUACGUAUACACUAUUCAUCAAUUAUCGCUGUCUCUGUUUUCGCUUCUCUAUCGUUGGUCGCUAAAGACUCAGUAGUGAGAUUUGGAGAAGGUUUUGAUAACUUCGCUAUGAGAGGUCGUCAUAUUGUAGACGUUGCAUCCUCCAGGCAAAAACGCGUUUCUUCCCCAGACUUUGAUAGAGAAGAAACUUCAGUACUUUUGCUGAAUGGAACAGGCAAAGAUAUUGGAAAUCCUUCCUGGAAGCAUUCUUUAAUACAUGUACUGAUGGCAACUCUUUCUUCAUUCUUGUUUGGUUACCAUCUUGGUGUAGUUAAUGAAACACUAGAAAGUAUCUCUGAAGACUUAGGCUUUAGUGGGAGUACCAUGGCUGAAGGCUUAGUGGUCAGUACAUGUCUUGGGGGUGCUUUUGUUGGAUCUGUACUUAGUGGUUGGAUUGCAGACGGGGUUGGGCGACGUAGAGCAUUCCAGCUGUGUGCUUUACCGAUGAUAAUUGGGGCUUCAAUGAGUGCAUCAACGAAAAAUUUAUGGGGUAUGCUUUUAGGGAGGGUGUUUGUUGGAAUUGGGAUGGGUAUUGGCCCGCCUGUUGCAGCUCUUUACGUGGCGGAGGUUUCGCCAGCUCAUGUAAGGGGUACAUAUGGUAGCUUUGUACAAAUUGCUACAUGCCUUGGACUUAUGGGGGCUUUGUUUAUCGGGAUUCCAGCCAAGGAAACUGUGGGUUGGUGGCGCGUUUGUUUUUGGGCAUCUGUCAUUCCAGCUGCAGCCCUUGCUCUUUUAAUGGAGUUUUGUGCUGAGAGUCCUCAUUGGCUUUUAAGGAGGGGAAGAGGUGCAGAAGCUGAAGUUGAGUUUGAAAAGCUUUUGGGAGGAUUACAUGUCAAAUCUGCUAUGGCUGAAUUGUCAAAGUCAGACCGAGGAGAUGAAGCAGAUAAAGUGAAGUUGUCAGAGUUGCUCUAUGGUCGCCAUUCUAAAGUGGUUUUCAUUGGGUCUGCACUUUAUGUCUUACAACAGCUGUCCGGCAUAAAUGCUAUAUUCUAUUUCUCAUCAACUGUCUUUAAAAGUGCUGGUGUUCCUUCGGACAUUGCAAAUACAUGUGUUGGGAUUUGCAACUUAUUGGGCUCAAUAAUUGCGAUGCUUUUGAUGGAUAAACUGGGAAGAAAGGUUCUUCUUAUUGGAAGUUUUUCUGGAAUGGCUGUGUCAAUGGGCUUUCAAGCUUUUGCAGCUAGUUCAUCUGUGUCUGGCACUGCUGCAUUAUAUUUAUCUGUUGGAGGCAUGCUGGCGUUUGUCUUCACAUUUGCUCUCGGUGCUGGUCCAGUUCCUGGUCUACUUCUGUCAGAAAUAUUGCCAAGUCGCAUUAGGGCAAAGGCAAUGGCUGUUUGCAUGGCUGUUCAUUGGGUUAUAAAUUUUUUUGUGGGUCUCUUGUUUCUAUCUCUGCUGGAGCAAAUCGGUCCAUUAGUCUUGUAUACAGUAUUUGCUAGCUUUUGUUUACUGGCAGUUCUUUAUGUGAAGAAGAAUGUGUUGGAAACAAAAGGAAAGUCGCUCCAAGAGAUUGAGAUUGCACUUCUGCCUUCAGAAUGAAGUCCAGUGCUGUACUUUUCACAAGAAGUGCGAAGAUGAAAGUAAAAUCAAAAAGAAGGUUUAGGCUAGGUAUACAGCAAAUGCAAGACACAUAGUUGCACUAAAAGGACACGAACCCUUGAAAAGGUGGUGUGGUGAUAAAGGAUGUAACUAUGCCUGGGAGUUGGUCUGAACUGAGCUAAUCAUCGUUCUCUAAGAAAACUUGGAAGAUGGAACCAGGCACUAAAUACCAUCAUCAUCAUACUAUGGUCAAGCAUAGCUAAAACACCUCUAUCUUCUUUCCUGUGUUUAUGUGCACUAUGGUUGGACCUGAGACUUGAAAAAAGCAAAAUGGCCGAAGCAGUUACUUAUUAAGAUGGGGAUUUAUUUUGAUCGACUUCUUUCCUUUAUCUGAAUUUGAGGAUAUGAUUUGCAGGGAGACGAAGAACACAUUAUUUUUGGUUGUUGAUUGUCCUUAUUUCUCUGAUUUCUGGCUUGAAGUGCAAGUCCUGAAGAACUCGACAGAGUACAUUCAUCUUGGUGCUCAAUCCGGAAAAGUUUUAUCUUAACAGUGCAGUUGAGGAGCAAAUCAGUGUCUCUUCCUGUGGAAGCAAUGUUCCAUUCAAUGUAUAAUAAACGUAGUCCCUACCUCUGCUGUAUAUGUUGCUACCAACAGGUUCUUCUUAUAGCAUUCAGGAGAAGUUUACAAUUACUCGUAACAAAUUACGUAAUUGCAACUAAAGAGAUUUCUUCAUUUUUUAUAUUCGCAUAAAGAAGUUCAUGAAUAUAAAAGUAGCAAAUGUAUUAGCAUAGCA